AUGCCCCUUCCUGGUCCCCUCCCCUUGAUGAAGGGUGGGACCUCACCUGGAUCGCCAAAUACUGAAAGGGACACAUGGAUAAACCUGCCACCUGCCGCUGUGGUUCCCCCAGAUGUCGCAUCCCCCAGACUUAGUGGUGUUGGAGGUGACCUUUCCAUUGCCCUCAACACGGGAUCGACUUCGGUAGCUGGUCCAUCCAACAGUGGGCCACCUUCUGAAUCUACAGUCAGCCCCAUCGCACCUCAGGCUAAGGAUGUACCGCCCAAUAGUGGUGCCCCUUUGUCUGAGACUGCGUCGCACGAUACUCAAGUUCCCGACUCUAGUAUGGGCACAGCUGGCAGCGCCGACAAUGGCAACACUCAAGUGGAUGACGGCAGUGACACUAUCAUGGUUGAUCCUGACCUUCAACUCGCCGCCUCUGUUCCCUUGCCGCCCGGCGACGAUGGUCUGUAG